GGGUGAUCGGGCCCCACUCAAGCUAGCUAGCUUCCGACCACCUCGAGUGACAAUUCCAUUGUUUAGCUUCAAGAACUCAUCGUGUCUCUAGACAAUAUUGAGAACAAGCAAAUCUUAACAAGAACCACAAUGUCUUCACCGCAAAGAUUAUCCGUAGGCAUUAUCGGAGCCGGGGAAGUCUUCCAAGUCUGCCACGGUCCAUGCCUGCUACUCCUCUCGCAUCUCUUCAAAAUCGAGUCAAUCUGCGACCUAUCCCCCAAGACCGUCGACCACUGCGCCGCCAAGUUCUUCAUUCCCCACAAAACCGCCACCCCCCAAGAAGUAAUCGACAACCCCAACGUACAAGUCAUCUUCAUCCUCACCUCCGACGACAGCCACGCCCCACUCGCCAUCGCCAGCCUCAAGGCCGGCAAAAACGUCUUCAUCGAAAAGCCCGUCUCUCUAUCUCUCCCUUCCGUGGAAUCCAUCAUCGCCGCCGAGAAGGCCGCCCCCGGCAACGCUCGCGUCUUCGUAGGUUACAUGCGCCGCUAUGCCCCAAGUUACCUACAAGCCUUCAAGCGCGAAAUCGCCACCAUCCCCAAGAUCCUGUAUGCCCGGAUCCGCGACUUCAGCGGCCCCAACGCCCAGUUCGUCAACCAGAGCGGCACCUUCCAGGUCAAACACUCCGACUACCCUCCCCAUGCAACCGAGGAGCGCAAUCGCUGUCUGGACACACUCUUCGCCGAGGUGUUCCCGGACCAGGACAUCACUGACGAGAAGAAAAACUACUGUCGCUUUCUGGGAAGUCUGGGCUCCCACGAUAUCUCCCUUAUGCGUGAAACCCUCGGAUUCCCGGAAGAGGUCGUCGGCGUGUCGGUUCAUGAUCCCUUUUAUAGCGCUAUUAUGACGUUCCGGAAUGAGGAUGGUUCGACUUACGCGGCUACUUAUGAGAGUGGUAUUGAUCAGGUUCCUCUCUUUGAUGCUCAUAUUGCGGUAUAUGGGGCCCAGAAGAGGGUGACUAUCAAGUAUGAUAGCCCGUACGUCAAGGGCUUGCCUAUCUAUGUCGAGGUGGAUGAGCUUAAUGAGCAGGGCGAGAUUCAACGACGGACUAUGUUGUCGUCGUAUGAGGACGCCUACACGACCGAGCUCCAGGACAUGUACGAGGCAUUCGCUAAUGGGAAGGCCAUCAAGACGACGGUCGAGGACGCUAAGCAGGAUCUCCAGAUCUUUGAUAUGAUGUAUAAGAAAUGGGGUGUGAACUAGUUAGAUUAAGAUACUGAGACACGGAGGAGCAGUUAUGAUAGAGAAACCUCUGAUACUACACUUGCAUCGUUACUUCCCUGUCGAAAGAG